AUGGUCCUUAAGGUUACCAACCUGUCAGAAUCAUUAACGGUCCAAGUGUUUGGAAUUUCAAAAGAGAUGGUAUUAGAAACAGAACCAAUUGUUCUGCUUUACUCAAAGGCACAUCCAACUGUGAUUCUUGACACAUUCAAAUUAUUCGAAAUGGUUGAUUAUGAAGAAGAGGUACAAUGUAGUUGGCUUGAAGGGAGGGAGGAAGAAGUACAUAAUAUAAAUCUGAGAAAGAAGGAAAAGACCGUCCAUCUUUUUUAUUCUCGUCAAAGAAAGAUCUUGGAACAAGAUUAUAAGCUGUGUAUUGAUAUUGCUGAAAUUUUUAAAUUACUUGGAUAUAUAUUAUUAUUAGUAAUAAUAAAUGCAAUAAGUAGAGGACUUGAUUGGAAAGUGUCUUACACACUGACCUUUGCUAUCAUAGAUUUAUAUGCAUAUCGACUGUCCAAGAAAAUUCAAGAAUCUCAAAUUACUAAUCUUGGUCGAGGGUUGUCUUUGUAUUGUGUCUUGUAA